GUCCAUGGCCUUGAAAUGAUUUUCGAGGUCAUGGACUGUCCCGAGCAUUAUCGCGUUCUAUGCGCACAGAUCCAAUUGACGGGUGACGCACCUCUCUGCUGGAACGCCUACUGGGAAAUGCGUCCAGAUGAAAAAAAAGGGUGUACGUGGGACAGGUUCAAGGAGUUAAUUCGCAAAAAAUAUUAUCCCGCGUAUUAUCGAGCAAAAAUGGAGCGUCAAUUUUUGCCGCUUAAGCAGGGUACUCGUUCCGUAGAUGAGUACGAGCGAGAAUUCACUCUACUUGGAGCCUUUGUUCCCGAUCUGGUAAGCACAGAGGCAAAGAGAUCGAGACGUUUCACAGACGGGCUUUUGCCAGCAGUCCGUCAUAACAUUGUAGGCCAUGGAGUCCAGACUUAUGCCCGUACUGUCACCAUAGCUCAGGAAGUUGACGCCAGCAUCCGAAGGGAGGCCAACCACGAUCGUCUUCAGCCAAUUACCCCGGACCAACCAUCCGCAACACCAUCCACUCAACCAGCUAUUGUUCAACAACCGAAGGACAAGAAGAGGAAGGGGAAAGGCUUCCAGAUCGAUAGGAGGAUCCGUCCGAGACAGCCAGGUACAACCAAACCACAGCAGAUUCCACCAUGCACUACCUGUGGACGACCCCAUCGAGGAGAGUGUCAUUUCAGACAGGAUAUUU